CCGGAAAAUCUAAAUCGCGACGCGAUCUAAAAUUUUCGGGUGCACCACUUGGUAUAAAUUGGCCGAAAUCGUUUGAUUAGGACACAGUUCAAUCGAUUGUCUAGUGCCGUGAACAACUACUACAACCCCUUUUACCAACCAAAAUGGCAUUCAAGUUCUUGUCCUUCUUCGCCCUGGUGGCCGUUGCCAGUGCCGGAGUUGUUCCAGUUGGCUACUCGGCUCCUCUGACUUAUGCCGCUCCAGUUGCCACCAAGGUGCUGGCUGCUCCAGUUGUACACAAGACCGUUGUCGCCGAUGAGUACGACCCCAACCCACAGUACUCCUUCAGCUACGGAAUCUCCGAUGCCCUGACCGGUGACCAGAAGGAACAGCACGAAUCCCGCAACGGAGAUGCCGUCCAGGGAUCUUACUCGCUGGUUGAUGCCGAUGGUUUCAAGCGCACCGUUGAGUACACCGCCGACCCAAUCCACGGAUUCAACGCUGUCGUUCACCGUGAACCUCUGGCCGUCAAGACCGUCACUCCAGUCCACAAGGUCGUUGCCGCUGCCCCAGUUGCCUACGCUGCUCCAGUCCACAAGGUCGUUGCUGCUGCUCCACUUGCCUACGCCGCCCCUGUCACCAAGUACGUCGCUCAGCCAACUGUCUACGCCGCCCCAGCUCUGACCAAGACUGUCGUUGCUCACCAGCCAGCCUUCGGAGCUUAUGCCUACCAUCACUAAGUCAACCGAUACUGAACCUGUCACCAAUUUACCUGAUGAUCCCCUUUGUACAUAACGUGUAAAUUACUGUACGAUUAAACACCAAAAAAUGCACAUAAAAAAGCA